AAUACGUCAAACAUCAGGUGGGAAAAAAGGUGUUCAGAUAGUUGGAGUGAAGAGAGAGUGAAGCAGAUCCAGCUGUGCUGCACACGAGACACAUCUGCACAUCCUCACCUGGGGGCAACAUAGAAACACAGGACCCUGACUUUAGGAACAGGUGAGGAGACGAGCCAGGCAGAGCUGAGAAGAGUCCUCUGCAAUUAAAACUCUGCUGAAAACAACACAACAAGUUUUUCUAACAAACAUGAGCAUGGGGAGUCCAGGCUGUGAACACACUGCAUACUCACCUCUGUACAUCAGCCCCCCUCACUCUGACGCCCGGAUAGCCUGGCUGGACGAGGCGGACGACAUCAAACCCCCCCGCAGCUUGUUGGGGCUUCCUGAGCUCAGCUGGACGGGGGUCUACCUCCCCUGCAACAACAUAUUAGCUAUGGAGGAGAACCCCUGGGUGCUGAGGAUGACAGAGUCUCCUGCCGCUCCCCCAUCCAGGACACUCGAGGUGAGCCAAGCACCAGGCCAGACUCAGACUCCCUCCUAUGAGAUGGAGGGUCAGGUGGAGGAGCACUGUCUGGAGCAGGUGCAGACCAUGGUGGAGUCAGAGGUGCUGAAGGAUGUCGACACGGCUUGCAAACUGCUCAACAUUGCACCAGACCCGCUGGACUGGAGCUGUGUGCACGUUCAGAAGUGGCUGCUCUGGACCGAGCACCUGUACAGGCUGCCGCAGGUCAGCACCUUGUUUCAGGAGAUGAACGGGAAGGAUCUGUGCUCCAUGACAGAAGCAGAAUUCAGACAACGCUCUUUGCAGUUUGGAGACAUGCUGUAUGCUAAUCUGGACAUCUGGAGAUCUGCUGCAGCAAUGAAGGAGCGCUGUCCACCUGAAGACAGAAAAUCUGCAGCUGAUGAUGACUCCUGGUCAGAUUUGAUAAGGAACUACCCCAGCCAGCCCAUACACCUGUGGCAGUUCCUCCGAGAGCUGCUCCUAAAGCCUCACACCUACAGCCGCUGCAUCCGCUGGCUUAACAAGGAAAAAGGGAUUUUCAAAAUAGAGGACUCAGCUCUUGUGGCCAGGCUUUGGGGCAUCAGGAAGAACCGCCCGGCUAUGAACUAUGACAAACUGAGUCGCUCCAUACGCCAGUACUACAAGAAGGGCAUCAUCCGAAAGCCUGAUGUUUCACGCAGAUUGGUCUACCAGUUCGUCAAACCCGUUUGAUAAACCAAAGAUAUGCUGGACAUACCAACCCAGUCUCACGGCAUUUUGUGUUAUAGUCACGAAAUUAAUUUAAUCUAUUGAUUCGUGUUCA